GGUCCAGGCCCGUAUAUUCAAUCCAGUUCAUAUUGGGCCGUGACAUAAUGGACCUAAUUUGACUUUUGCUAGGGUUUUUCUACGUUAGAUCGUCACGAUUCAUUCACCAGGGAAAUUAUCUGAUAAUCAAUGGAGAACUCUCCUGAAUUUCAGCAACUUAUCACUCAAGAAAGGGAAAAGGCUAUGGUUAAUGAAAUGAUCGCAAAGCUUACAACUGUGUGCUGGGACAAAUGCAUCACAGGCACUCCUGGGAGCAAGUUCAGUUCUAGUGAGUCGUCUUGUCUCACCAACUGUGCUCAACGUUACAUGGAUAUGAGUCUCAUCAUUAUGAAACGCUUCCAGAACAUGCAGUGAAGUUGGACCACCGUCUCAUCAGAAGUGGGAGAGUUAUCCUUGAUCCCAAAAGUGCAUUGUUAGUAAUCUUUUCAAAUUUUCGUUUCGGUGCUACUCAAUUCGUCAUUAGUGAGAUGUUGGUGAUAUUUCUGCUAGUAUUGUUACUAAUUGAUAAUUUUCUUUUCAACCGAAAGGGCUGCAUCUUACAAGCUUUUACCUUCGUCGCCUUACUAAGGCCUUGUUUGUUAUGAUUUUUGAGAAGUUAAAAGGAACUUUUAAGUUCCAAAAGCUACUGUUGGACUCGUUAGUUUAA